AUGACACAAACAGGUCCACUCCGAGUCCUGGUGAUCGUCUCGCAACGAAGUUCCCAGAUCACGAAGGCCCGCGAGUCCCCACAAGAUCUCCUCCCACUUGCAAAGCAUCUCCUGAAAAAAAAGGGAAUUUCGAGAGAUCCCGCAAAGCUUGCUGAGACUCGGCUCGUCGCUGUCCAGCAAUGGCGUACCCGAGUCUUCAUCGUUUUCGACAUCGCUUAUACAGACUACAAUGUGAAGCUCGGCCAUCUCCCCGAACACAACCAACUCCCAGUGGUAGUCGCUCAUUUCAGCAAGAAGAGGACCGCUUAUACAGCGAACUCAUGGGUAUCGCGACGAGUCAACCAUGAUGUCGCUAUGCUCCACAAUGCCAAUGGCUUCGAUGCAGUCCCGCCUUUUGUGGAGGAUCACUCGUCGGGAAAACCACCGUCAUACCACAGUCCACGGGACAUCACUAUGUUACGAGUCACAUAUAUCUGA